UCUGCCCAGUUCGUCCGCUGUUGUUCCCUGAGGUUGAGCUUCUCCACAGUGUGUUUAGAAUCUCCCUGCGGCCAGACGCGCUCCUCCGCUCCUUUACACUGAAGCCUCUGGAAGCCUGAAACAUGCCAUGUGUUCUGUGUGAAGGUUAGAGAGGGCGGAUCACUGCCGGACACCCCCCGCUGUCCAGCACCCCGGGGUCGCGCUUUGUUUGCACUGAGGAUCCGCAGUUUCUUUCGCCAAAGAUGGAUCCUUUACAAAAUGGGAAUAACGGCGAGGAAGACUCGCAGUGUGCUGAGGAAGAGGAAGAAGUAGAUCCAAGAAUCCAGGGGGAACUGGAGAAGUUAAACCAGUCUACAGAUGACAUCAACCGCUGGGAGAGUGAGCUGGAGGACUGCCGUCAGCGGUUUCAUGCAGUGCUGAUGGAAGCAACAGUCAAACUGGAGGAGCAGAUGAUGCGGAUUGGACGAGCUGUGGAUGACUCCAAACCAUAUUGGGAAGCCCGCAAAGUAGCAAGACAGGCCCAGAUUGAAGCCCAAAAGGCCACUCAAGAGUUUCAGUGGGCGGUGGAGAACCUGCGUGCAGCCAAGGAGACCAUCGCCCUGGCUGAGGAGAGGCUACUGGAGGAAGACAGCCGACAGUUUGACUCCGCCUGGCAGGAAAUGCUCAACCAUGCCACACAGAAGGUGAUGGAGGCUGAGCAGGCAAGAACGCGUAGUGAAGCUGAACACAGGAAAACAGCAGCCAAUUACAAUUCCUGUAUCAGCCAUAUGAGGCAGCUAGAGAAGAAACUUAAACGCUCCAUCAACAAAUCCAGGCCGUAUUUUGAACUGAAAGCCAAGUAUUAUCUACAGCUUGAGCAACUGAAGCGUCUUGUGAAUGAACGUCAGGCCAAACUUGUGGUUGCUAAAGCUGAGUACCGGGCAGCACUAAGCAAACUAGAGAGCAUCUCUGAAGAGAUUCAUGCCCAGCGACGUUCCCUCGCCAUGGGAACCAGGGAGCAGGGAGUUGGAGCAGAGGGAGAUGGAGGAAACGAGGACAUAACCAACUUCAAGAUGGAGUCAGAUGGUCUGUCAAUGGUGUCCGUAUCAAUUGAUGAAGAGGGCAGUCACAGUAGCAGCUCAGAGGAGGAGAACGACAUUCACUCCACCUCCUCAUCCCAAGUCAUGCCCUCCUCACCUUCCUCAUCCUCCUCCCAUCCUUCAACCUCUGCCUCCACCCCUCUUGACUUGCCCUGCCCUUACUCCUCUUCCUCACUCUGCAGCCCCUACUUGUACCUGUCCUCUUCUCCCUCUUCCUCCGUCCUCUCCUCUUCCUGUCCUGGUGGCCUGGAGUUAGUGAGCCCCUGUAGCUCCCAUGACCCAGACUCAGUGUGCAGUUCUGGGCAUGUCUCACCUCUCCUCGGUCCUCGCAGCCAGUGCAGUGGAGCUUCCUCUCCAGACUGUGACCAGGAGAGAGGUGAGAGAGCAGAGGGAGCGGAGGCGACGCUAGAAGCCAGUUUGAACAAGCUAACCUUGACUAUAGCACAGAAGGAAGAAGGGGAGUCCGGGGAUGAACAAGACCCGCAUUACAUUAACCCACAAAUUUCCUCUCCCGGUUCAACAGCUGCCGUUCUGCUACUCAACAGUGUCUAAUGAACGUCUGACAAACUUAAGACAGACUUAAGACCGGUAUGCCCGGCUUCAAGCUUCAGACUGGACUGGCAGAAUACAUGGAGCAGGACAGGAUGAGAUGCACGCUCCCAGCUCCAGCCAACAUGAUAUUAUGUCUCCAUAUUGUCUAAACAUCAGAUGGUGUCAUAUUAACGGUGCUACAUGUAGUGUAUUUGAACAUCAGUACAUCAUUGUCAGAUAAAUUGUGAAUCCAUGUGGAUGUGUAUUGUAAACAAACGAGAGCAGAGGGACUGAGCUCUACUGGUGUUAUUAGUGGGAAAAAACUAAAUUUCCCACAAUCCUCCUUGCUUCCUGCUGCAAAGAGGAUGUUGCUUGUUGUCAUUAAACUGAUUUAAGCAUCUCUGUUUCUGCUAAAAGAAGAACUUGUCUGUGUUGUGCAAUCACAAAGAAAUUGUGAAUACAGUGCAUUCAUUCAUGUUAAUAUGCUACAGUUGGCACCACUAAAAGUUUUGUAUUAAUGUGAACAAUGCGCCUCUUUUUAUUUGGAUCUGAACCUCCGCAGGAGUUUCAAAAUGGGACAAAACAAGCUGUGGGAUGUUGGAUUAUGUCUUGUUCUCCCUUGAUUAUUGAGCUCCUUCUGUAACUCCUAAAUAUCAAUCUGAGUGUGGAGACUAUUUUGGAGGAGUUGUACCCUGAGCACUAAACUAAAGAAGAGGCUGUCUUCAGAUGGGACUAAAACCUUUGAGAAACAAAUGGUCUUCCUUUUGGAUUUGUGAAUGAGUGAGUGAAUGUGUUCUUGAGUACAGACCACCAUCUGAGGUGGAGAGACUUAUUUUUUUCAGUGUGUGUCUGUUUUAGAUAAAUGCUCAAAUACCCUGUAGUACAGAUAUUCUAUAUUUAUACUCCUGUAUUCUUGUAUAUGAACAAUGUUUUGUGGUUACUGUUGUUAUUGUUUAACACAAAAUAAGCAAUAAACAUGGUCUACAUGUAACUGA